GGCUGCCCGCGCCGCGGACCGCGAACGGCGAACUGCAGCAACGACCCCGUCGACCCCGUUGACCAUGGCUCUUCCAAACUCUGCCGUGCUGGCUGAGCGCAAGAAGCUCCAUGUGGGCGCUGAAAUCGUCCAGAACCAGCAGUCGACCGACUUCCCUGGGCACUGGCCCGGCGAGAACCACGACUGGGACCUGGAGUUCUUCAAGGAGAACUUCAACGUCCAGUUCCAUGCCCGCCCCACGCCCUACGACUCGUCCUUCUCGCUCUCCGGCGUCGACACCUCGGUCGCAAACGGCUUCCGCCGCAUCAUGCUCUCCGAGCUCCCCACCCUCGCCAUCGAAGACGUCUUCAUCUACCAGAACACGUCGAUCAUCCAGGACGAGGUGCUCGCCCACCGCCUGGGCCUGAUCCCCCUCUGCGGCGACCCCAAGGGCCUCGACUGGAUGAAGUGGUACGUCAAGCCGACCGACGACGACGAGGGCUCUGGCGGCCCCUCGGACUUCAACUGCGCCAUCCUCCAUCUCGACGCCGAGUGCACCUGGCAGGAGGGCGGACUGCAGCGCGCCGUGGCAGGUGAGACGGACCCGGACAAGCUGUACACUAACCACUCGGUGUACGCCAAGGACCUCGUGUGGGCGCCGCUGGGCAAGCAGUCAGACAUGUUCGACGCCGCCCAGCCCAUUCGCGCAACAAACCCGGACAUUCUGAUCGUCAAGAUGCGCCCGGGCCAGAGAAUCACACUCACCAUGCACGCCAUGAAGGGCAUUGGCCAGGACCACGCAAAGUUCUCGCCCGUCGCGACUGCCAGCUACCGCCUCAUGCCGACCAUCGACAUCUUGAAGCCGAUUGUGGGCGCCGACGCGAAGAAGUUCGCGCGCUGCUUCCCCAAGGGCGUCAUCCGGCUCGACAAGAUCACCGCCGAAGAGGCAGCAGCAGAUCCGGAGCUGAGCGGCCACGAGGGCGAGAACAAGGCCGUGGUCGACAAGCCCAUGAACGACACCGUGUCGCGCGAGUGCUUACGACACCCAGAGUUCAAGGACAAGGUGAAGCUGGGGCGAGUGCGCGACCACUUCAUCUUCCGCGUCGAGAGCACAGGCCAGAUUGAGAGCGAUGAGCUGUUUCUGGAGAGCGUCAAGGAACUGCGCAUCAAGGCCCAGAGGAUAAAGCGGGGACUGGAUGAGAUGAUGAAGUAGAGAGAGAUAUGGCAUUGCAUUGCAUGGCGUUUUAGGUUGACAGGCUGGUAAAAGUCACGAUAUCACGGGUGCCGCGCCUUUGGAUAGAUGGAUAGAUGGAUGGAUGAAUGUAUUCUCGACAUUUUGAGUACUUUCAUGUCCACCUUCACGCAUACAUGUCCACCUUCACGCAUACAUGUCCACCUUCAC